GAUCGGGAGCCGGCUGCGGGGAAGGGCGGGUGUGGGGAGAACCCCCGAGCGCCGCGGCGUCCUCCAGCCCCUCCUCCUCGCGGGCGCCGAAGCCACAGCCGGAGCGGGAGCCGGCGCCACCUCGCCCCCUGGCUCGCGCGUCCCCAGCCAUGGCUUUCGCCAAUUUCCGCCGCAUCCUGCGUCUGUCUACCUUCGAGAAGAGAAAGUCCCGCGAAUAUGAGCACGUCCGCCGGGACCUGGACCCUAACGAAGUGUGGGAGAUCGUGGGCGAGCUAGGGGACGGCGCCUUCGGCAAGGUUUACAAGGCCAAGAACAAAGAGACGGGCGACUUGGCCGCCGCCAAAGUGAUCGAGACCAAGAGCGAGGAGGAGCUGGAGGACUACAUGGUGGAGAUUGAGAUCCUGGCCACGUGCCACCACCCGUACAUUGUGAAGCUCCUGGGAGCCUACUACUACGACGGGAAGCUGUGGAUCAUGAUCGAGUUCUGUCCUGGGGGAGCUGUGGACGCCAUCAUGCUGGAGCUGGACCGAGGCCUCACCGAGCCCCAGAUUCAGGUCGUUUGUCGCCAGAUGCUCGAAGCCCUCAACUUCCUGCACGGCAAGAAGGUCAUCCACCGGGACCUGAAGGCUGGCAACGUGCUGAUGACCCUCGAGGGCGACAUCAGGCUGGCUGACUUUGGUGUGUCUGCCAAGAAUCUGAAAACUCUGCAGAAACGAGAUUCCUUCAUCGGAACGCCUUACUGGAUGGCCCCCGAGGUGGUGAUGUGUGAGACCAUGAAGGACACUCCGUACGACUACAAAGCCGACAUCUGGUCCCUGGGCAUCACGCUGAUUGAGAUGGCCCAGAUCGAGCCCCCGCACCACGAGCUCAACCCCAUGCGGGUCCUGCUCAAGAUCGCCAAGUCGGAACCCCCCACGCUGCUCACACCUUCCAAGUGGUCUGCGGAGUUCCGGGACUUCCUGAAGACUGCCCUGGAUAAGAACCCAGAGACCCGGCCCAGUGCUGCGCAGCUCCUGGAGCAUCCCUUCGUCAGCAGCGUCACCAGUAACAAGGCUCUGCGGGAGCUGGUGGCAGAGGCCAAGGCCGAGGUGAUGGAGGAGAUUGAAGACGGCCGGGAUGAGGCAGAAGAGGAGGACGCCGGGGACGCCACCUCUCCUGUGGGGAACCACGCUCCCGACUCUUCUGAGGAGGCCCAGGUGAGCCCCAGCGCUGACAAGGAGCCAUCUCUUACCCCGGUGCCACCCAGCCCGCCCGAGGACAGUGCAAACGGGCCCUGCCAGCCCGCUGGGGACAGAUCCCUGCCAACCACCAGUCCCCCAGACGAGGCCCCUGGACACGAGAAUGGCCUGGUGGUGCCCGUGCCCCUCCGGAAGUCCCGACCGGUGUCUAUGGGAGCCAGGAUUCAGGUGUCCGAGGAGAAGCAAGCCGCCGAGCAGCGUGAGGACCUUGGUCCGGCAGCCAGCCGGCCUCCGAAGGCGAGCCAGAGCCGCCCCAACAGCAGCGCCCUGGAGACCCUGGGCGGUGAGAAGCUGGCCAACGGCAGCCCGGAGCUCCCCGCCCCAGCCUCUCCUCACCCGUCCAAGAGGGACUCGGACUGCGGCAGCCUGUCCACCUCCGACAGUGUGGACUACGGUGCCUCGCUGUCCGCCGACCUGUCCCUGAACAGGGAGACGGGCUCUCUGUCCAUCAAGGAUUCGAGGCUACACAAUAAAACUCUCAAGAGGACACGCAAGUUCGUGGUGGAUGGCGUAGAGGUGAGCAUCACCACCUCCAAGAUCAUCAGCGAGGAUGAGAAGAAGGACGAAGAGAUGAGAUUUCUCAGGCGCCAGGAACUCCGAGAGCUCCGGCUGCUCCAGAAGGAAGAGCAUCGGAACCAGAACCAGCUGAGCAGGAAGCAUGAGCUGCAGCUGGAGCAGACGCAUAAACGUUUUGAACAGGAAGUCAACGCCAAGAAGAAGUUCUUCGACACGGAGCUGGAGAACCUGGAGCGUCAGCAAAAGCAGCAAGUGGAGAAGAUGGAGCAAGACCACGCCGUGCGCCGCCGGGAGGAGGCCAAGCGCAUCCGCCUAGAGCAGGAGCGGGACUAUACCCGGUUCCAGGAGCAGCUCAAGCAGAUGAAGAAGGAGGUCAAGAACGAGGUGGAGAAGCUCCCCAGGCAGCAGCGGAAGGAGAGCAUGAAGCAGAAGAUGGAGGAGCAUGCGCAGAAAAAGCAGCUUCUUGACCGGGACUUCCUGGCCAAGCAGAAGGAGGACCUGGAGCUGGCCAUGAAGAGGAUCACGGCUGACAACAGGCGGGAGAUCUGUGACAAGGAGCGCGAGUGCCUCACCAGGAAGCAGGAGCUCCUUCGAGAGCGGGAGGCUGCGCUGUGGGACAUGGAGGAGCAGCACCUGCAGGAGAGGCACCAGCUGGUGAAGCAGCAGCUCAAGGACCAGUACUUCCUCCAGCGGCACGAGCUGGUGCGCAAGCACGAGAAGGAGCGGGAACAGAUGCAGCGCUACAACCAGCGCAUGGUGGAGCAGCUGAAGGUGCGGCAGCAGCAGGAGAAGGCGCGGCUGCCCAAGAUCCAGAGGAGCGAGGGCAAGACGCGCAUGGCCAUGUACAAGAAGAGCCUGCACAUCAGCGGGACAGGCAGCGCCUCCGAGCAGCGUGAGAAGAUCAAGCAGUUCUCCCAGCAAGAGGAGAAGAGGCAGAAGUCGGAGCGGCUGCAGCAGCAGCAAAAGCAUGAGAACCAGAUGCGGGACAUGCUGGCGCAGUGCGAGAGCAACAUGAGCGAGCUGCAGCAGCUGCAGAAUGAAAAGUGUCACCUCCUGGUAGAGCAUGAAACCCAGAAGCUGAAGGCCCUGGACGAGAGCCAUAACCAGAACCUGAAGGAAUGGCGGGACAAGCUUCGGCCACGCAAAAAGGCUCUGGAAGAGGAUCUGAACCAGAAGAAGCGGGAGCAGGAGAUGUUCUUCAAACUGAACGAGGAGGCCGAGUGCUCAGUCCCCGCCACUCCAAACAAGGCCACCAAGUUCUUCCCCUACAGCUCUGCGGAUGCUCCCUAACAGCCAGGCGGGGCUGUGGCUGGCAGGUCGGCAGGCUCCCGGGCCCUCUCAUUCUCUGUGAACACGUAACUCAGGACCCCCUUCCCUCUUACUUCUGUGCCAGCUUGAAUCCAGCCCCUGGCCUCUGCGACCCCGGUGUGCCUGACUUCUCGCUCACUCGUGGAGGGUGAGGUUUUACCGUGCUACCUAAUCUUAAUAUGUUCUCUUUGAACCCCAGGUCCCUUCAAGCUGUCAGUGAUUUGGGUCAUGGGGGGCAGUGGGUCUAAGGCCCACGAGUGUUCUUUGGCCUCCAGGCCCCUCCUAUUUGCCAUACCACCAGCCUUGCUGUGGGCACGAAGUGCUCCUGCUGAAGUCGCCGUGGGCUCGUCCAUAUGUUGUAAUUCUUAGUGGCUUUUCAGCCACUCCCUGCAGUCAGCCACUCCCUGCAGUCAGACAACAAGCAUGACCGCCAGCUGCUCAGGGGUGCCCUCGUUUCUCCAGUUCCCCCCAUGUGCUUUCCCUUUGAGGCCGUGUCUGCAGUGGGGGAGAGCCAGAAUCACUUAAUCUGCUGGUCUCCAGUGUCCUGUGCCAUCUCACGCCACGCUCCCUGCUGCACAGCCACACGCAGAAAGGGCUUAUCCCCCCACCCUAGCGCCAGGUGGGUGGGAAUCUGCUGCCUGAGCCACUGCUAUGGGGCGUGCUGGGUACUGGUGCCAGAGGCACAGGACGGCCCUGGGUGAGCGGCCUGCGACCCCCUUUGGCGCCCACGGGGCACCCUGCGUUCAAGGACAGACUCCUCACCGCAGCCACUUUCACCGGCCGCUCUGUUUCCGUCUCACACUUGCCCAGGGGGUGUGGGACGGCUGUCGCCCUCGGCCCUGUGCCCUCCGUCCUUUGAGCCCAGCUUUGUACUGCAGACAGAGGCUGGAGGUCACUGGGACUUUUGUUCAGGAAACCAAAGCAUCAGGGAGAAACAUGAUGCUUCCUGCCCCUGGAACAUGGCUGAGGCAAAAGCGUCCGUAGCUCAAACAGAACCCUGGGGCUUCGGCUCCCUCAGCCGGCCUCCCAGAUUCCGAUCCCUGAGGCUGCAGAGUGUCAAUGACACAAUGAAAGCAAAUGUUCAAAACGGCAUCUGGCCUAUUUACAAAGAAUACCUUUGUCACCUUGGCUUCUAACUUGAAACAAAUGCAAACGAAUGGUUUCUUCAGGAAGAUACCUAAUUUUUAAACAAGAAAAGCGAAGGUGACUUUGAGGGGUCCUGUGGGCACCCUGGGUCUGGGCAGUUUUGCCAGUGACAGAGCAGCUGCCAGACCCGGGAGGACUUUCUCCUUCACUCCUUACGGUGAGGUUAGAAGUUCCGUCUUUCUAAAGCAACUCCCUGGAAGUCUCCCUCGCACUGGCCGUAACCCUGCCCUCCCGGACCUCGCAGAGGGAGGGCAGCCUUUCAGAGGAGAAGGGGCUCAGGGUUCCUGAGUCUCAAAGACGCACCAAAGACGCUCUGGAGGCCGUGGGGAGGAGGGGCCCUCUUAGGUCAGUGAGCGUUUGGCUCGCCUGCUUCAGUAUUUGACCCAGAUGGGACACUUGUCAGGUAUGAACAAAUGAAACAUGAACCAGUUGUCCCUUUCGAGUCUCUCAGGUACACAGGUGCUGGAAAACGUGAGCCGGCAGCCGUGUAACUA